GCAGUGACCUCUGUGACCUCUCCAGAGUCCAGCUCAUGCAGUACGUCAUCUACGGCAUCGCCUCCUUCUUCUUCCUGUAUGGCAUCAUCCUCCUCGCCGAGGGCUUCUACACCACCAGCGCCGUGAAGGAGCUCCACAACGAGUUCAAGACCACGGUGUGCGGACGCUGCAUCAGUGGGAUGUUCGUGUUCCUGACGUACAUCCUGGGAAUCGCGUGGCUCGGUGUCUUCGGCUUCUCGGCGGUUCCCGUGUUCCUGUUCUACAACAUGUGGUCGACCUGCGCCGCCAUGCGCUCUCCGGUGGCCAACCUCACGUCCAUCGACAGCAUCUGUGUGGAUGUGCGUCAGUACGGGAUUAUCCCAUGGAACGCCACACCAGGGAAAGCUUGCGGCUCAACGCUAGGUGACAUCUGCAACACCAGUGAGUUCUACCUGUCCUACCAUCUGUAUAUCGUGGCGUGUGCCGGAGCCGGAGCGACCGUCAUUGCUCUGCUCAUCUACAUGAUGGCUACCACAUAUAACUUUGCUGUUUUGAAGUUUAAGAGUCGAGAGGACUGCUGCACUAAAUUUUAACGCAGUUUCAUCAAAGUGCCUAGACUGAGCAGCCACUGACAGUAUGGACUAAAAUAAUAGAGAUGAAAACAAAUGAGAGCUUUUGACAUGUAAUGUGUAAAUAUAGGACUGUACACAGAUGUAGCAUCUCCGACGCAUGGACGUGUUGUUAUGGAGCGCUUGCCUUUGUUUCUGCAACCACUAGAAAAGCUUCAUCUGAAGCCUAACAGAGUCUCUUUAACACAGUCUCUCCGGCUGGACACACACGUGUGUGUCUCACAUUCACUUUCUCUUUAGAGUUCUGAUCCAGCAAACCAACCAGACGAUGCACUAUUACAUCGGAUUCAAUAUUUCAGUAUUAAGGACAUAUUAAGUAUAAAAACUUGUAUUUAAGGUGUAUAUAUAUAUAUAGUACAAUUAAUUGUUUUGGUAUAAAUCAUUGUGAACACAUUAAAUAAUUGAUCAAAAGUGAUAAUGAUGGAAAAAAUAAAUACUGUUCUUUAAAAAUUUCUAUUCAUCAUGAAAACAGUUCAUAUUUAUGUGGAAACUGUCAUACAACACUGAUAAUAAUCGUAACUGUGUGUUGAUCAUCAGAUCCUCAUAUUAGAGUGAUCAUGUGACACUGAAGACUGGAGUAAUGAUGCUGAUAAUUCACAGGAAUAAAUUACACUUUACUCUAUAUUCACAUAGAAAACAGAUGAUUUUCAAUAUAAUAACGUCUCACAAUUUUUACUGUAUUUUUGAUCAUAGUGUUGAUUAAAGCCCUGAAAUUUCCUUGAAUUGUUGAUCAGAUAAAGACUUUUUUUCAAAAUCAAAACUCGUACUGACACCAAAAAUGAUAUAUAUUUUUCAUGAAUUUAAAUAAGAUUUAAUGAGUUUCACGUUAUAACACACGUUAUAAGCUCUGGGGUUGUUUUACUGAAUCCCUCUAUAGAGAAAAGGAAUGUGAUUUUUACUUCCAGAAUCUGUCGAGGUGUAUUGGGGGAAAUAUAUCAUUUCUAAAGAUGAAUAUUUCUGGAUGAACUCUUCCGUCGAACCGUUUACAGUUCUCAGUGUUUUUAUCAUUCCCUUGUUUUGAGCAGUAUUAUGAAGAUUGUUGGUAUCUAUAUGGAGUUAUUUUAAACACACACCUUUCACUGUCUAAAUACAAAUAAAUCACUUUAAAUUCUAAAAAGACAUUUAGUUGCAUUAUCUGUAAGAUUGAAAGCUGGAUCGAUUUGAUCAAUUAUUAUAUGAUUUGCUCAUCAUAACACUGUCUGCUUUACUAUUAAUAAACAGAAACAUGCCGUCAUUAGGAUCAAACUGUGUCCUUUAAGGUCAUUACUAAAAUCUUUACUUUAUUAUGAUAAUUGUAGCUUGUGAUCGGAAGGGUCACAUUGGAUUGUGCCAAACGCUUGAACUUUUUAAAGGCAUUUAUGUACAGCUAAAACUCAGCGCUUCUAUUAAAGGGGUCGCGACACGACGUCUCUCAGUGCGCCGAGCGAACAUAUAAUCCCGGACGCCAUCCAGUCUUAAAGAGACGGCAGCCUUCGUCUCAGUGAUGCUCAAACACUCAACUGCUUUUUUAUCCUUUGUAUGAAUUCAAUAUAAAUAAAUUCAUAAUGUGUUUUAUUUUUUUACAUUUGAUUAUUCAGUUUCGGUAGUAUUUCUCACUACAUGUUAAAUAAACCUUUGUGAUUAAACCUAACAAAUCUAAAAAUAAAGUAAAAUGUUCCGCCUUGCUUUAUUACAGAAGACUGUGUGUUAUUAUUGGAUUCGGCUUUUGUUUUAUAAUUUUGACUAAAAUGGGAAGAAAAUUUCACAUUUAAUUGAGAAGGAUUGACCUGUUAACCCGUUUACCGCAGUCAAAUACAAAAAGUAAAGGCCUGUUCACACCGGGACGAAUUUCUCUCGCCACCGUUUAACGCCUCGUGACUAAACAAAGGGUGCCAACGUGAGUGUACACACCGGCACGAAAAACUGCACUCGUAAAAGCGUGAUUUAAAAAAAAAAACGUUUAUUGUUUUUUUUGUUUGACGCGCCGCGUCAAAAACUAUCCGAUGAAAUUUGCGCUUUUGCUCACGUGUUUGGAGCUUCUGAAGUUACAGUAAAACACAACGUGGGGGCGCUCAAACACAAAAUGGUCUUGCCGCGCACACAUACGUUUUAUAUUAAGCGGCAUCUAAUGUCAGGGAAAAAACGCGUUGAAAAGUGCUGGCGAAUAACGCGCGCUGAUAGCCGUCCCGGUGUGUACGCCUCUCAACACAAAACAAGACAACUAUAAUUAAAAAGCACUUAUCGGAUCGAAAUUUGAUUACUAAUCAAGAACCGAUGUGAAUCGCAUGGUGACACACAUCCAGCGUAUGCUAAUAUUAGCUGUUUCGCAACUGAACGCAAGUGGGCGGAGCUUACAGAGCUGAUUGGUCGAUGUCUUGCUCUGGAGGCGGGAAUAUGCAAAUGACUUUGCUUGAAUGAUGUCACAGAUCCCGUAAUAUCAAAACGUUAAUAUCCUCGUGUCAUGACCCCUUUAAACCUGUUACACACUAGCUAAUGUCGACUAGCGAAGCAUAUCCGCGGCUUCAGACGAGUGCAGCGGUGGCUCAGUGUUCGUGCCAGAGCACUGAGAUCAGCCGUAUUGAAUAUUAACGGUCAGAUUGCAUGAUUUCUUUAGUAUUGCUCUGAGUUUGUGUGGCUGUAGUUUCUCCUUGAUAAUGAAUAAAGCUUCUCUGUGUUCAAACUGUC